AUGCAGCCACAGCUCUGCAGCAAGGGCACAUACCGCAAAUUCAAAGCGAAGCUGGACGAUUUUGCCAACGUGUACGGCUCCGAUGGGGCUAAAAUAUUCUGGGAUAUGAUCCUGGAGGACCUCCAACGAUACUUUGACGCCGCCAAUGCACCAGGGACAAGAUGCAGAGAAAGCACCAAGUUAGUACUCGGAGGGCUGCUCGACCGGGCCCAGAGGCAGGCCGAGAGAACGACAGUGGCACGGGGGACGACGCUCUCCCGCUCACACACAUCUCCGUUGCAACGAAAUCCCCACAGACAACCAACCUUUGUGAUAGUGCCGGCACCAGCGGGAAGAGGAUAUGAAGGAAAGAGAACCACUUGGCUGCGGAGCUGUCAUGUGAGCAACGAACAGCAAUUUGCCAACAACAACUCGCUCCAGAGGCACAAAACGAAGAUCAUCAACAUCGGCGGCCGCCAGUUGCAAGUGCGGGCACAUCCCUUUGACAACACAUACCUGCAGAAACGGGAGGUAGCAGGCUGUGCGAGAUUCGAAAAGAGGUUGGCCGGCGGCUCGCCGAAAUACAGUAACCCGGGACCAAGUGCGCUCUCACAAUCGGUGACGGCAGAAAUGGUACAAUAUCCCACCUUUUCACAGAAGCAGGCCCGCUGGACACUGACAACACUCGGCAAACUCACUGCAUAUGCUUCUCUUUCGGCAUGUGUGGUGUCCAUCACCAAGAAGUAUAAGUGGGAAGGAAUCAGCCGCAGUCAGGCAUUGUCAAUCCUCAAACAACUCGAAUCCAGAAGGGACCUGCUUGUCCGCGUUGGCGCCGAAUGCGGGACGACCAACAGUGACAGCAGAGAAGGACAAGAGAGAUAUGUGAACAAGACCACGGUCGAGAGGAGGGUACAGUGCAUCAAAGCGGUAUUGGCGCAGAUGGCGAAGGAAUAUGCCACGGCACGCGACGCGUUCGGCCGCGGUAUUCAUGGUGGGAAUGGUAUGGUAGAUCUGGCGAAGGUGGGCAGGGUAGCCAUUCCAGGCCAGCAGGAUGUUAGACUUGUGCAGGAGUUGGUUACGGAGUUGUUGGAGGGCCGUAGCUAG